CGCAUGCGCACUGCCACCUGACAACACUUCCUGUAAAGAUGGCGGCGACCAGAGGACUGUGGAGGACGUGGUGCCUGUGGUCACCCAGGACCCCGCUCCUGUUCCCCGCUGCCGGCCGACCGCACAGCUCCGUGCGCGGGGACGUGCUGCCCCGGACCUCGCUGUCCAGGCCGCCGUGGCCGCAGCAGACGAGCCCGGUCCCGGAGGAGGAGCGGGGCCGACACGCCGCCGUGGUGAGCGCCGUGAACCAGCGCAUCCAGCGGCAGGACUUCGGCCGCCUCUUCGCCGUGGUGCACUUCGCCGGGCGGCAGUGGAAGGUCACCCCGGAGGACCUGGUCCUGAUCGAGAACCACAUCGAGGCGGAGUGCGGGGAGCGGAUCCGGAUGGAGAAGGUGCUGCUGGUCGGGGCGGAGGACUUCACCCUGGCCGGAAGGCCUCUGCUGGGGAAGGAGCUGGUCCGGGUCGAGGCCACCGUCCUGGAGAAGACCGAGUCCUGGCCCAAAGUCCACAUGCGGUUCUGGAAGAGACACCGGUUCCAGCGCAAGAGGAUCAUCAUCCAGCCUCAGACGGUGCUGAGGAUCAACAGCAUCGAACUGGACCCCAGACUCUCCUGAUGAAGACUGGACCCCAGACUCUCCUGAUGAAGACUGGACCCCAGACUCUCCUGAUGAAGACUGGACUAUAUCUCUCUCUCACACACACACACCAGGGUCGGUGAUGAUCUCCACAGUUUGUUUUUACAUCAGCGACAAACCAGGACUGAACAUGUUGGAUUAUCUCCUGUAAAUAAAUUAAUUACUACAGAGA